CCUAGUCCUAGCAGCUGCUCUUUCUUACUCUUAAACCCUAAUCUGUGUGUCCCCUUUUUCGUCUCAGCAAAAACCCUAGCCCUCUCCUCUCCUCGCACCAAUCAUCCGCACCGAAAUGACAGGAGAGGCAGUGAAUUCGAAGGCGUACCCUUUGGCCGAUUCUCAGCUCACAAUCACAAUUCUGGACCUUAUUCAACAAGCCGCCCACUACAAGCAGCUCAAGAAGGGCGCUAAUGAAGCUACGAAGACACUGAACAGGGGUAUUUCUGAGUUCGUAGUCAUGGCUGCCGACACCGAGCCGCUUGAGAUCCUUCUCCAUCUUCCGCUGCUUGCUGAAGAUAAGAAUGUGCCCUAUGUAUUUGUCAGUUCAAAGCAAGCACUUGGCCGAGCUUGUGGAGUCACCAGACCUGUUAUUGCCUGUUCAGUCACCACAAAUGAGGGAAGCCAAUUGAAAUCCCAAAUACAACAACUCAAGGAUGCCAUCGAGAAGCUCUUGAUCUGAGUGUUAUGGCGUGCAUGUUCGGUUCGGUAUGAUGGGCUUCUUGGAUCAUAGUGGUCGCUCCUUUAGAGGCUUUGACUGAUGAAGUUGUGCUACUAGUGACGUAUAUUAAGAUUUUUAGUUCUGUAUUGUGAUCAAAUACUCUUCAAAUUAUAUUUGCUAGUAGUUUGCAGGAACUCUUUCAACGUGUUUUUAAUGUAAUUUGUUUGCCUGUCGGCUGCAGUUUAAUGGGCCCAA